ACAUCCAGAGAAAAUGAAAAUGAUUCCACGCACACACACACAGUACACACACACUCGCCUUAUAUAUAAGCCAUCGCAGUCCAUCUUGGACGCUGAUCCACUCGCAUCAAAUCUUGGCACACGCACAUACAUUUAUAUGUAAUCUGCAUCGCUAUUUUGAUUCAGAUAGAUAGAUAGAUGGUGACGACGAUGGGGCACGUGGUGGCGCUCCUCUCCGCUGCCCUCUCCGGCUCCGGCUCCGGCGGCGUGGUCGGCUGCGGUCGCCACGACGACCACUACCACUCGGGCGGCUGCUGCGUGUGCAUAUCGAGGUUCCGCGACGGGGAGGACAUACGCAGCCUGCCGUGCGGCCACGCCUUCCACCGGCAAUGCGUCGACAGGUGGUUGGCGCUGUGCCGCCGGACCUGCCCGCUCUGCCGCCUGCACGUCGGCGGCGUGACAGAUGAGCACCAGCUCAGCGACGACCUCGUCAUCUGGUUCUCUUCUCUCUUCGUUGCCGGCUUGUAGCCUGUAGGAACAUCAGUCCAUCGCUGCUCUGCGGUGUAGGCUCUUAGUCGAUGAGCAUGUCAAGCAUUUCUCAUGGAGAAAUCUCACCGCUCGUGGCGGGCCCUACUUCUACCCCUUGUUCUAGGCUUUGCUUCACUGAUAUAAGUGAUAAACAGUUCAAUAUGGAGGCUCAUGGCACCAAAAAGUUAAAUUAUGUCAAA